GGCACAGCGUAGCGGACCAGCGACCACCAGUAUGUCUGGCGACGACUGCAUCGACGAAGUUCUCUCUGUGGUGGGUUGUGGCUGGUGGCUGAGUCCUAUUUUCAUGGCUACAGCGAUCGCUAAUGCCAUCACCAUACAACGAGCGGCAACUACCUUCAUCACAGCACCUCUGCCCUUCCGCUGUUCCUCUCCUGACGAUCUGCCUCGCUUGGCCUACACUGUGCUGGCAGAUAGCACCACCAACACCAGCACCAACAACACCAGCAACUCCACCACCAUCACAGAGGUGGAUUCGACCCCAUGGUAUAAUAGCAAAUGCCUCGAUACUACUUCCUCCUCCACCCACACUUUGACUGUUGACUUCAUCUCUCUCUCCUCCUCUUCCGUUGACCCGGGAAGACACAGCACAGGUCUACUCUCCUGUCCUGUUAUCGAGUAUGACAGAUCUCUCUUCAUCUCCUCCAUCUUUUCCGAGUUCCACUUGGUGUGUGAGAGGACUUCACUACGGCCGCUCUACCAGCAGAUGUUGGCCAUGGGCGGUAUACUAGGCUCUUGGAUCGUUGGUCCACUGGCAGAUUUGCUGGGACGCAAGAGAGGUAUCCUAGUAGGAGGGCUGUUGGGACUACCAGCGUGUCUGGGUGUGGCCUUGGCGCCGUGGUACCCCGUAGUCAUGUUGCUCAGACUGGUGGUCGGUGGUUGCAACAGGAUGAUUAUUAUAAGCUGUACUGUCUUAUUGAUGGAGACGACACCUCCCAAAUACCGGUCUGUCGUGGGGAUAUUUAUGGGAAUACCUUACGGCUUAUCCCUGGUCGUCUUCGCCAUCUCUGGCUACUUCGUCAGGGAGUGGCGCUACCUCCAGCUGAUAUGUGUCUUACCUGUCUGCCUCAUACUGCCCUUCUAUCUGACCUUGAAUGAGUCACCCCGCUGGUUGGCACAACACGGCCGUGGGAAGGAGGCGGCAGAGCUGUUAGUGAGAGCUUCGGAGUAUAACCGCUCACCCAUUCCGGGCACCUUCAAGCCUUUUCUCGACAAACUCAGAAAGCAGUCACAGGAACCGCCAACCAGCCCGCAGGAAGUCCAGGGUCAGCAGUCCCCCAAAGAGGCCGCCAGUAAGCGUUUGGUAGAGAAGAUGAAAGCCAUGUGUCAGUACUUCAGGUCCCCAGCCAUGUUAGUGAUUAUGUUGGUGACACCUCUGAUGUGGUUCCUGGUAAACAUCAUCUUCUUCGCCAUAACACUCAAUGCUAAUAACUUCACGAGCACCAGCCCUUUUUUCUACGUGGGGUUACUAGGGGCCCUGCAGGCCAUAGCCUACCUGGCCACAAUACCCGCAAACCACAAAUUGGGCAGACGAAAAAUAAUAGGCGGAGGUGGUUUUUUGAGUGCUGUGUUCAUACUACUCGACAUGGUUGUUCCCCCAGAUAUGUCGUGGUUGAGAUGGGUCUUCGUUAUGGCUGCCUUCUGCCUGGGGUCCGGAGCCUAUCAGACGAUCACCAUGUAUACCAGUGAGCUCUUCCCGACCAGUAUCAGGGUUCGAGGUACAGCUGUGUGCGUCUCCAUGGCGGAUGUCGGUUGUGUCAUAGUCCCCGUGGUCACUGAUGUCCUGGCGCAGAAGGUGUGGUGGUCGCCGGGGGUGACGAUUGCCGGGUCGGGAUUCUUAUUAAGCUUAGUCGUUUCCCUCCUGCCUGAAACCAACCUAAAGCCUAUGCCCGAGUCUCUCCAAGAUGUUGAAGACCGAAUUAAGACCAACAACUCCUCCACAACACCACACUCAUUCCCCAAGAACCUCCACUCGACCUCUCCGUCGACCAAGGAGCAACUAGCAGAAAGAGAAUCGUCCAAGGAAGAAAAGCAUAAAGAGAAUCGUCCAAGGAGCAAUUAGCCUGAAGAGAAUCGUCCAAGGAGCAACUAGCAUGAAGAGAAUCGUCCAAGGAGCAAUUAGCAUGAAGAGAAUCGUCCAUGGAGCAACUAGUAUGAAGAGAAUCGUCCAAGGAGCAACUAGCAUAAAAAGUAUCGUCCACGGAGCAACUAGCCUCGAGAGAAAUACUGCACUAUUUCUAAAUAUUCGUAUGACAAUUUUACUCAAUAAUUAUCACAUAAUAGUGUGUUGGUGUUAUGAUUCUAAACUUUCUGUAUCCUGAAUAUAGACAUAUGUACGACUUAAUAAAGAAACUAGAUCAUGUAAUGUACAGUAGGGGAGAGCGGUGAUGGUUCGGCCACUUUUUCGUAAAAUAUUUAUUGAGUUAAAUAAUGUAUGCAGACAAAAUGUACCGUCGCCAAAAUGUUGCCUUAUCCUUUGGCUCUUCUGUCUGUAAAAUAUAAAUAUUUAGCUCUGUUAGUUUUGGAAGAGGAAGGUAAUUAUUAGAGGUGUCUCAAACGGCCGAAAAAUCCCCCUAUGGGGGAUUGGUUAUGAAACACAAACGUUACGUUAGAAGCUGGUACGGUGCAGCCUGACUGAUCUGUAUACACCUUGGGCUGGCCUGGUGGUGUAAGAAUCUGUGUGUGUGCAAGACUCGCGUUCAAUAAUACUGUGCUGGAGAGUGGAGACUAAUAUAACACCUUCAACGUGAAGUCUUAAGAAAAUGUUAAUUGGAUACCUACGGACGAGGUACAGUAGGUUCAAAUGACUGUGCUCCGGGAGACAGUAAAUACUGUACCAUUUAUUAACUUCAAACAAUCAAAGAUAAUAUCAAAAUUUCUGUACAUAUAAUUACACUGGGCUGCAUUUGAAAAAAAAAAAUUCAUGAGGUGCAGGGUUUCUUAGCUGAUUCUUUAUGUAUUUUG